AUGGACAUCAUUUCAAACCGACCCGUCGUCGAUCGUAACAUCCUGAAUGCAUGGAAGGCUGACCUUGCGGACAAAGAUAGUGCUGAAGACGAGGCGAUUAUUUUGUUCAACUCCGACCUUGCUGCUCUCCUCAAUGUCUUCAACGAUGUCGAUCAGGUGUGGCUCAGUAAGGAGUUGCAGUUAUACGGAGAUCAACCAGACAGACUCGAGAAAAUGUCAUCAUAUUUACUGGAAAAUCCAAAUUACCCAAAAUUCAAAGACGUGGUGGAGACGGUAACAAGGGAGGAUAUGGAGAACCUCACGUACACGUUCGAAGAUUUCCUUGACAAGUACCCGAACCCUUUCGAAUAUUUCUACGACGAAAAUGCCAUCAAGAAAAUUACCAACAAAGAAAAUUACAUGGCCCACUGCCGCUGGUACGUCAUGAAGAAGUUUCCCAGCAUCGCUGCCUCGGUUAUUGAUUUUAACUGUCGGAAGAUUGGCUUCUACAGUGGCGCUUACAACGUUAUAAAGCUCUUUGAGCAGGAGAAAUUUGGGCUUUCAAAAAAGAGAGGUGAAAAUUGCCGUAGAUGCGUUCGACCGUUGCGGUAUUAUUUGGGGAACACAAGACCCGUACAUCGAUAUUUUUAUGAUGAGUUGUGGUUUAAAGAUCAUGAAGACGAACUUAGAGAGUAUAUGAGUUCAAAAGAGGAAGAAAAAAGGAAUAAAAUUGAGUUGGCCAGAUUGAAUGGUGAACUGUUGACCUGUCAGAUAUGUUUUGAUGAUGAAAUGCUCUUUGAAGAGUCACUGGCCUGUCCUGAAGGUCAUCUUUUCUGCAGGCAGUGUGUUAAGAAAUUCCCGUGUCUCUCCAGCGAUAUCUGUUCCUCCUACCUCACCACAGCAACUCUUCAGAAGGUCCUCAAACAAGCCACACUCGACAAAAUCCUCAACAAAAUGUUCGAAGACGACGUGCAGCAGUUGCAAGAUGAGGUUGAUCGAGAACAGGACUAUUUAGAAGAAUUAGUUACCUGUCCGUUCUGCAGUUAUGCCGUUUUUAUAACUGAUGGUGGUAUGAACAAGGUGCUGAAAUGUGGCAACCCUGAUUGCAUGCGAGAGUCUUGCAGACUGUGUCGGGAGCCAUCCCACAUUCCAUAUGGUUGCUAUGAAGCUGAACAGAAGACAGAAGUUGCUGCAAGGACUGCCAUUGAAAACGAGAUGACAGAUGCCAUGGUUAGAACGUGCUACAGGUGCAAGAAGAGUCCUGACAAUUUAAAAACAAUGGGGGUUAUCAUGGUCAAAUUAAGAAAUGCUGAAGCUCCGGGUCAACAAAGACGACGAUGGCAUGGCAUGACACCACACUUUCGCAGUGGAUGUCCGCUCUGGGUGAAUAACAAAGAACUGCAUGAGAAGGAGGUGAAGGACGUUGCAGAAAAGGCAAAGAUCAACGCGUUAAGGUCGAAUUGCUCAACUAACGAGGCAGUUAAAGUUUUAUGGUCACAUCAUGCUGAAGGAAAGAAUGGAAAAUCUAACAACUACUGGAAAGAUUGCAGGGAAAAGAGAUCGAGGUCAACAAGGAACAACAUUCGUGAACUCUUUGUGUUACUUGUUGAAUAUCACCACAUUUCAACUCUAAAGAUCGUGUUUUUUGGAGGCCGAUGGUCGCCAAUGUCCCGAAAGGAAAAGACACGAGAAAGAAGAAGACAGAAAGCUAUUUAA